UGUGAGUUUACAUCUUUUGCAGGGGGUGUAGUUUUUAUCUGGGGAUUUAGUCAGACUAAGAGCUCGCCUGGGUGAACGAACCCUGACCCAUCGAUUGACUAGCUCGCCUGCUUGGUUCGGUGAAUGGACCCUGAUUUCUCACGAGAUGGGACGAUGCCUAUCUGAGACUAGCGCUGUUUAUGGUCACUCACCUACAUAAAGUUUCCCCAGCUUCUACAGUACAACCUCAGUCAAUCCUCAACUUCUUUCGUAUGCGUACGUUAGACAUCCGUGACACUAGGUGAUGGCUGAUCAACAUGUUCAUGACGUUCAAAUGCGGUAGCCAGGAAAACGCAACCGAAAUGCACGACGUUCACGCGACAGAUCGCAUGGGCCGGCCGAAUAACACAUCCCAUGUAGCGUGCAAUUCCUGCCGCAAGAAAAAGCUUCGAUGCAGCCGCGAGAAAGUGGGAUGUCGUCGGUGCCAACAGCGUGGCACACGAUGUGUAUACGAUGUCCAGAAGAGUCGAGGUGGUAGCAACAGCAAGCGGCAAGAAGGGGCGCCAGCUGGAGUUGAGCGUCCAGAGACACCAGGUGGACGUAAUGGUAGCGAUCAGCAACCCGGGACAGUUGCUCAAGGGAGCGGACCAUCUUGGGAUGAUGAUGAUAUAUCCUGCAUCCAAGUGGCAGUUCCCAGCACAGCACCGGCACAGAAACAGCAAUCUCAAGAUCAAGCGAUGUCAUCCGGCUCGGAUGUCGGAUCACGCAAAGGCAGCGGCACCACCGUCACCACCACCGCCGCCGCCACAGCCAUCAAGGGAAGCAGCAGCAAUCGUAGCAAUAGAGAGAUUGCACGCCAUAAUGGGCCUCAAAACCAGCAAGAAGGUUUUCAGCAGGUUGUUCCUCAAGCAGAUGCCGUAGAGCAAAGUACUCAGACUGUUGCAACAUGUCCCGAAGACUCUGAUACCGGAUUCUUUCUUGACUUUGCGGAAGAAUAUUUGAACAAUCCACAGGGUGGCUUUACUGAACUACUUGACCCAUUCGAUCCGGAUGGGCUCCUCUCUCACAACCACAUGCCAGUUGAAACUCUGUCCAAUUCCCCAUUGACCCAAGUCUGCAAUGUCAACACCAAGGACAGAGGCUCAGACGGUUCAAGCCGCGCGUUUAGCUACGACUCAAGCAAAUACCAGGCGCUUGCUCCUCUAGACCAAUCAAUGCGGACCUCCUCUUCCAAGUCUAGCAGCGUCUCCUACUCCAAGUCUAGCAGCGUUUUCUAUUCCAAGUCAAAUACAUCCGACUCAAAUCGAACACCAUCUUCAAACUCGUCACGUAACGGCAUGGACAUCGAUACAGACUCAUAUGAGGACUCCAACAACAGCUACGAUGAUGGAGACUGCGAGUGCAUGGGCACAGCUCUACAGAUCCUCGAAGAAGUCGUCAUACCCCCCGUAGGUGCCGACUGGGCUAUGGCGGAGAAUACAAUGUUUCUUCUCAAAAACAACAUCUCUCGAUGCCUCGUCCUGUCUCAAUGUCGCGGGUGCCGACAAGAGUCAGGCAUCUGUAUGUUAACGCUGGUGAUAUAUGAGAAGCUCAUGACUGGGUUCGAGGAUGUCGCGCAAUGGUGGGGCAAGCAGGGCCAUCCUCAGGGAGCCCGGAGCGAUAAUCGUAGUCGCAGAGAAAGACAUCAUCAGACGCAGCAGCAGCAUCAGCAGCAACAACAACAACAACAAGAACAACAGCAGCCACAACAACAGCAAAGAUCGUCUGGGUCGAGGCAACUCCAACAAAAAACUCGGAUCACAAUGGGGAAAUAUCAGAUUGAUACUGCCGAAGAGCACCGAGCUGUGUUCGCAACCAUCAUCGCCUGCCAACUGCAACGACUCGCUGGACUUUCAUUGUUGAUGAUGCAACAUAGCAAGAAGGCAAAGUGGCUGGCGCAUGUGCAAUAUGGAGAAGGACUACGGCUCAGGAUAAAGAAACUGGAGAAGACGUGGAAAUGUUGAAAAACGGCCAACGAAGUCACAUUUCUACGACUGUGGUAGUUUUCUUCACGCUUACAUGAUUGAGGGGGGACGGUGCAGCGGCAAAGCGCCUGGAACAUCUCUGUAUGCAGAGGUGGGGGGUUUGAAUCCUCCUCCCCUUACCGCCAUUCUAUGGCUACCAACCAUCUGAACGGCUCAUACGCUACCUCAACGAGUCUUCAGAAAAAGUCCACCAAACUCCUGCACCUUAAA